AUGUCCAGUUCCCUAGAAAAAGUAGUGGCCCAAAAGAAGCGGGCCAUUGAAGAAGUGAUGGAGAUGUUUGAGAGGGGGUCAGAAGUGUUAGCUACUGCAGUUGGCGAGUUCUUUCCCCUUUGUGAGGUUGCUGCCCCGGUCCUAAGACUUGCUCUAGACAGUGUCCAGAGUAAGGAAGUGAUCUAUGUCAAAGACCAGUUUCUUGCUGUACGAAACAAACUGGACAUCCUCUCUGCUCAGUUGGACGACAUUGAUUGUGAGAUCAAGAAAGGCCGUCUGGACACCCAGUACUUUGUAGCAGAGGAGAACCUGCGUAAUCAAUUUCGUAAAUAUGUCGAAAUCCUGGAAGCCAAACCACAGUACAGAGAGGUCAAAACUCGACUUUUCUUGGAACAUUUCUCCACUACAGGAGGUGAUAAGAACCUAUAUGUGCUUUAUGAUGCUUUGAUGGGGAACAAUACUUUCAGUGAGCCCAUUUUAGAGGUGGUGGAAAGGUAUGAGGCCAGGAAUAGGAGGGUUCUUGAGGACUUCUGUGCCAGACUAAAGGAACUUUUCUGCUUGGGACUCAUUGCUUUGCUGGGUCACUGUGCCCUCACCCAUGGGGAUGAGUUAGAACAGGAAAAGAUCCAGGAAUGGAGUGAGAAAAUUCAAGAAGUUGAGAUUAAAAUGAAAACUGUCAUAGAGGAAUGUGUGAGGGCUUUUCCCGAACAGGCUCGCCUAGAUGCCAAGAGACUUGUUCAGGAGAGAGAGGUCAAAACCCUCCAGGACGUGGCUCAGGAACUACUGGAGUUCCUGGCCAAGAAGUAUGAUUGGGUGAAAUGGUCCGUUCGUGUGAUCAACCACUCAGGGAGCAGCUAUCGCAACUGGCGUGCUGGAGAGAAUUUCCAGUAUGUGGCGGGACAAAACUGGUUUGAGUUGUCUCAGGUGAAUGACACCAAUGUUGUGGUCUCCUACAGCAGUGCCCCCGAAUCCAUACCUAGGGAUUGCAUCCGCCAGCUGAUGGAGGGCCCUGUUAAGAAGGGAGAUCCCAAGACAGUGGUGGAGACCUUGGAGAAGCAGCGAGCUGGGCUUGUGGUUCAUGCUGUCAGUCACCACAAGGAGAGCUAUGCGGCAUGGAACUUUCCAGAGGACUACCAUUACUGGGAGAGGCACAAGAAUGUGGCUCUUUGUGUGCAUUCAGAGUAA